UUGCAACAACGUUUACCAUUCGUUUCCGGUUUAUAUCGUAGUUGAACGACGUUCUUCAUUUUUCGUUAUAUAUACCUUUCCACGUAAUAAGUAUAUACACGCUUCACAGAAAUGGCGACCGCUGUUCCGUCAAGAUUCGCGGUGCUCAGCAUCGAAGACGAUGAAUGUAAGCCGAAAAAAACUCAGAAGAACGUUCCCACCGGAAAGGUAAAUCAAAAAGCUAAAAACGACAAAUCGAAGCAACAGCAGCAGCCGAAGAAGGAUGACAAGAAAAAACAAAACAAGGGGAAAAAGAAAAAGACCAACAAUAAUAAUGAAAAUCAACAGUGGGAACAAUGGAAACAAAAAGAUACAAUGGCUGUAGAGGAAACGUUUGAGCAAGAGUUACACGAAGCCAUCUUACUGUCAAAGCUGGCUUACGAAGAACAACUAGUAAAUGCGUCAAAGUCAGACAAAGAGCAAGACAUCAAUAAGAAAUCAGGAAAAAAAUCAAAAAAGGCCACUAUGUCGUUGGAGGAAUUCAACAAUAUGGGAGGAAACACCAUUCAAAAUACAGUUAUACCUUCCGAUUGUGGAGAUGUUAAAGCAAAAGAUGUGGACGCAGAAUUUUUUGAUAGGGUUGAAAAGGAAACAAAAAACGAAAUAACAAAGGGAAAGGAAAAAGAUAUGUUAAAAGCAAGGCUAAAAAAAAUAGACGAUGAUAUCACGUCUGCUCAGCUAAAAGUAGAAGUGGAAAAACGGGAUGAAAUUAUACAUCAAUUAAGGACUCAUGUUGAGAGCUUAAAAGAAGAAUUGACACAAGUCAAAGAGAGAAAUAAAAAGCUUUAUCAAAUAUUAUCCCAUGGAGAAAUGAAGGAUAAAGCAUCAGUAUUAGCAGAAGUAGCAAAAUUACAAGAAAUACGCGAUGAAUUAACAUCGGAGGUAAUAUCUUUGCAUGCGCAAUUGGAACAAGAAAGAUCUAAAACACGUACUACUACUGCAGAUGUCAAACCAUCUAAACAAACGAACAAGAAGAGACCAGUUAGCGAAAAUGCCUAAGUUACAAAAUAAUUUUGUUGAACGUAAAAUACUGAAACAUUGUGAUCUAUAAAGCUUAAUUUACUGCUAUUGAUUAUUCUAUUAAUCAGUUAACAGUCUCAAGGCUGAUGCGUAAUUAUUCAAACUCAAGAUCUCAUGGCAAUGUAUCUCAUAUUCGACUUUUAAAUGCAAUUAUCAAUUUUUUUAAGUAAACAUUUUUUAGAUGUGAAAGUUUGUUUAAUACAAACAUAGCCAUGUUCAUAUUUUUCUAAACUGUGCAUUUCCGUUUUCAAGGAUAUUACUUUCCUUUAUAUCUAAACUCUUCUGCGCCAUAAUCAUUUGAUCUAUACAAAUGAGUUUUGCAGUAAAAUUUAGAUAUAAAACUUCUGCAAUAUUACGUCCAACAUAAAAAUUUGGUAAUGUGUAUACCGCGUACGCGGUAUUAUUAUCGGUAUCAUUAUCUUCCAAAUUUUGUGAGAACGUACAUCAGUGAGUACAAUACACAUUAUCUCAAAUAUUUUGUAAUAAAAAUAUUCUACAGUAUACUUGUUGACGUUAAUAAUUUCCUUAAUAUUCUGUUAAAUCGUUUAGUAGAAUUAAUAUAUUUUGAAAAAUCUAUUAUAUAUUUUAGCAGUAACGAUGUUUUGUCGCGUAAAGAACAUUUGUAGAAGUUAAAUAUCGAAAGAAGGCGAUCGAGUAUGUCCUUCUAUGAGACUGAAACAGAACUAUAUACAUUACAGAAACAAAA